ACCACAUUUCAAGUCGUCCCUGAUUAUAUUUCCAAUAGGUUAUGGGCCCAGGGCACGAUUCCCCUGCGUGAGGAACAUAGCACGAAAGUGUAUAUACGAAGUGUGUGAGACGCCGGCGAAGGGCAUAGAAAGAGAUAGAAGCAUUUAGAAGAUUAGAGGAUGGAAGAAGAAGAAGGCCAAGAUGCGCUGGUCGACUACGACAGCAAUAGCAGCUUUAUCACGGUAAUAGAUAGAGAAGCAAAAGAUAAAAACGAGGAGACAGUAAGAAAAGAUAGAGAAGCAAAAGACAAGAAGGAGACUGAAGCAAAGGGUGCAAUCCCGAAACGCGGCAAACCAAAGAUAAUAGAAAACAUAGAUGUGAAUAGAGAAUGGGCUGAAAAUCGUCCUGUACUACCUAUAGGGACAAAGAUACUUUACGAGAAACAAGAAAAGAUGGUUGAGAAAAUGGACAAUUCGAUGCAGAUGCUGGAUAAAGUAAUGAAGAAGGCCACCGAGAUGAUGGAGAAUAUGGUGGAAGUCUCCCGUUUAAACUUAGAGAAAGAAAAAGUUAAACUUAGACGUUUAGAGGUAAGCAAUAAAGAUACCCAAAGUUCAGUAGAAAACAGUAAGCAAACGGUUAAAGAACUAGAGGUAGAGUCUAAAAAGAGAAAAUUAAAUGAAAUAACAGUCUGUUCAGCCGAAAAAGAUAGGAGUUUAGAGACAAUGAAAAGAGCUAUAGAAUUGGAAUUGAACAGUCAAAGGUUGCAUAUUAGAAGAGAAUAUAAGCUGACGCAAAAAUCCAACUUUGAUCUUUGGAUGGAUUAUUUAAAAUCUGAGUUAAUGAAUAACGAGUUGUUAGAUGUAAUAGAUUCAAACAUUGAAAGUCCAGAAAAUCUCUCCGAACUAAAAGUUGCUAAGAGAAAAAGUCUUGUUAGAGAUAUAAUAAUCAAUCAUUUAGAUGAAAACUAUCAUAAAAGGAUUCUACAUGAAAAAGAUCCGAAAGAAAUUUUAAAGAAAUUGAGAGGAUAUAAAAAGAGUGAAGUAAACGUUACUCAUGCAUCG